AUGAGCAUGACGAUGUCCGAGGGAACAAUUGGUCGAUUCGGUUUCUGUAAAAUAUCGGAGAAAUUUACAGUUUUGUACAUGGCGCUUCUGACUAAUACUUGGUUAACCGUCAAGGUAACUAGGAGCGAAGUAUCUCAAUUCCCGAGAGACCUGGACGUCCCGCUUCAUGCGAGUGUUACAGUGUUCUGCAAAUUUCCACUAUCACAAGAUACUAUUGACGUUCAUUGGUGGAGGGAAGGGGAGAAGCCAUUUUUAGAAAGGGAUGGAAGAAAAUAUUUUAUUGCAGAAAGUGGAAGGGGAAUACUUGUACACUGGAAUGUCAAAGUCGUCGACUCCGGACUGUAUUACUGUGAAACAAAGAAUCAGGAACAAUCUUUCGGGAGAGGAAGUGGCAGCAAGUUCACUGUGUUCGUUCUUCAAACUCCAUUGGAAAUUGCGCCUGUUGGAGGAUUUUUGUCUCUUCGAAAGCUCUUUUGUAAAACGGCUGCUUUCUACACGAAGAAAUUUGAAAUCUCUUGGCAAAGAAAUAACAAGCAAAUUUGCACUAGAAUAGGAAGUGUGACAAAGCGAACGAUGGAUGGCUUGUACGAAGGUUUAGGUUUAUUAGAAAUCACGAAGUCUACUUGUGGAAAAGAUGAUUACACCUGACUGGUGUCGCAUGUCUCCCUCCCAGUUUCGCCUGCCAGUUUCAGCUACACCCAGGAGCAAAGCACUGAUACUAAAUUGAUUCUGGCAUGUGCAGUGGGCGGAUCGGCAAUUUCAGCUCUGAUAAUAAGUCUUGAUGAAAGUCAAGUUAAAGAGAUCGGACGAUGCAGUAAGAUGGUGCCAUUAAUUGGCGACGCUUCGCGUGCUCUCCCGAGCAAGCUGCCCUCCACACUAUCCUAUACCGGAGAAACCCUUAUAAACCUUCAAUCUGCUACACCUAGGUCGAUCAACAACACCCGGGCGAAGCUACUAACGCAGCUGGAGAUCACCGCGCCAGAAUUGUUUCUUAAACGCCGGACCGCACCUGGACCCGACCAGCAAGGCCCGGUCCGAAACCCACCACGUACCCGGAGACCCGCGAUCUGCUACCAUGCCGGAUUGCUUGGAGACACGGCCCAUUCCAACCAGUACCUCUCCAGAGCAGACGACCACACAGAAGUGACGUCGGAGACCUCAAGGUGUCCCAGACCCUUCCCGUAG